AUGGAGCCAGCAGAUGUGCGACACACCCUUGACGCAGGCGAUGCAGCCCAUCGGCGCCGGUCUGCGCCCCAGUCGUCGCGCACCCUGCCCUCCGAGCUGCCAGGCGACCUCCAGAGCAUCCUUCACGUUCCUCCGUGUCCGAACCUGCCUGCCCUCGCACCUGGGCCUCACAUCCCCACCACACCCAUGCAGGAACUCCCGCUCUACAACAACCCGGACGCCAAAGUCGCGCUCGUGGGGUACGCGCAGGAGAUGUACCAGUACACCUUCGACCUGUGGACCGCCGCGAAGAAGCGGCUGCCGCAGCCCUCCGACGGACAGACGUCGUCCGACGAUGACGACGACGAUACCCACAGCAGCCUGAACACACCCGUGCCUGUCGCCCCAUCCAUCCCCGCCCCCGCGUAG